UCACUGAAGGACAGAAGGGGGUGUGUGUUGCCAUGGAAAUGACAGGGGGUGGGGAAUCAUAGCACAAGGGCAUAGAAAGGUGAGGCUGCAGCACCCUCCUGUUGGCCCUCACCUGGCUGCGUGCUGGAAACCACCCAGGCGCAUGAGGCAGGUGCUGCCCCUCCUCCCGGGUGGAGGAAGCAGGAAAAGGUGGCCGCCAGAAGCAACAAGUUAGCCUGCUGGGCAGUGGAGGCCGGGGCCCCAGCGAGGAUGGGCUUGAUCUGCAGCCUGGUUCUGCCCCUUCUUCUCCUAUGCUGGGAGGCUGGAGACUCCUGGAGCUUCACAGAUCCCACAUCCAGCAGACCCUACCAGUUUGUGAUGACAAACACGACCAUCGUGCUUACUGAGAUGCCAGAGAUCAGCGCACGCAUGGAGAGAGGCUUCCAGGAUCCUGGACUUGCUAGGACCACAGAGCAAGCCCCCCUUAAUGUGGAGACUGCAACCCUGGGCACUGAGACCUUUUCCAAGACAUUAACCCCAGCUGCCACUGCUUCUGAAACAGAGACUAAGGAGGCUCUGACCGUUUUUUCUGCAUCAGAGACCCAGGUCACCCAAGCCAACCUCCCUGUCACAAAUUUCAGGGAUACACAGACUCCUUUCUCCAUCACAGAGUCCAGGGACACCAAGAUCCUCUCCCCUGGCCCAGAGGCUAGGGGUCCCCAGGCCACCUUCCCUGAGACAGAGGCUAGAGAUCCCCAAGCCACCUUCCCUGUCACAGAGGCCAGCUUCCCUGUGAAAGAGGCUAGGGAUCCCCAGGCCACCUUUCCUAUCACAGAGGCCAGUGAUCCCCAGGACACCCUUCCUGUCACAGAGGCCAGGGUUCCCCAGGCCACCCUUCCUGUCACAGAGGCCAGGGAUCCCCAGACCACCUUCCCUACGACAGAGUCUAGGGGUUCCCACGCCACCUUCUCUGUCACAGAGUCUAGGGUUCCCCAGACCACCUUCCCUGUGACAGAGACUAGAGACCCCCAGACUCCCUCCCUUGUUGCAAGAGACAACCCAAUCAUUCUCUCUGUAUCAAUAAGCAGGGACACUCAGCCCAUUCCUCCAGCUUCAGAGGGGGCCACCCUCCUUGCCACAGAGUUCAGGGACACUCAGACUACUGUCCAUGCCACAGAGGCUACGGAUCCCCAGGCCACCUUCUCUGUCACAAAGGCUGGGGAUCCCCAGGCCACCUUCUCUGUCACAAAGGCUGGGGAUCCCCAGGCCACCUUCCCUGUGACAGAGUCUAGGGGUCCCCAGACAACCUUCUCUGUGACAGAGUCUAGGGGUCCCCAAACCACCUUCCCUGUGACAGAGACUAUGGGUCCCCAGGCCACCUUCCCUGUCACAGAGGCAGGGGAUCCCCAGGCCAUCUUCCCUGUGACAGAGGUUAGGGAUCUCCAGGUCACCUUCCCUGUCACAGAGUCUAGGGGUCCCCAGACCACCUUUCCUGUCACAGAGUCUAAGGGUCCCCAUGCCACCUUCUCUGUCACAGAGUCUAGGGUUCCCCAGACCACCUUCCCUGUGACAGAGACUAGAGACCCCCAGACUCCCUUCCUUGUUGCAAGAGACAUUCCAAUCAUUCCCUCUGUAUCAAUAAGCAGGGACACUCAGACCAUUCCUCCAGCUUCAGAGGGGGCCACCCUCCUUGCCACAGAGUUCAGGGACACUCAGACUACUGUCCAUGCCACAGAGGCUACGGAUCCCCCAAUCAUUAGCCAUAUAUCAGAAGUCAGGGAUACCCAAGCCUUUUCCCCUACAUCAGAGACCAGGGGGACACUCAGAAAAAUAAUCCCUUCUGACUUGAUGGCUACAAUUGCUGUCCCUGUGGAGGCUUUGGCCACAAGUGGCAGCUCUGCAAGAACUGGACAAACCACAGGUGAGAUUCCAGCAGGCAGUGAUCCCAUGAAAGCCAUCUUUGACACUCUUCAUACUGAUGAUAGCUCUGAGGAGACAAAAUGGAUCACAAACAGUGUCUCGAUCUUGGCGCACACUUUAGAAGCUGAGAGCCUCUCCUUAGAUGGCAGCUCUUCCUCAGUCAGCGCUGCAGCUAUCACCACCACCUCCCAAGCUCUGGGGCCUGAUGUUGUCACCUCUAGCAAAGCCUUGGUCCCCUCAAGCACCACCCACAUCAAGUUCCUCAGGGAAACAGAAACAGCUGUUGCCACCUCUGGGACUUCAGACACAAGCUCCAGCCCCUCUGGAGUGAGGGUCUGGUCCACCUCUGAGACAUCAGCUUUGCUUGCCUCCACUGAGGCAAAGUCAUCCAUCCUGAGCCCCACAUACCCUGCUGAGAUCUUGUCCUCAGAGACAGCUGCCCCCAGUAGCACCCUUGAGGCUUCACUCUCCAACAGCACCACAGGAACAAAAGCAAUAUCAUCCCCUGGCUCCGGCCCUAGAACAGCUCAGGUGACAGUUAGCAUGGGCUCCGUGGGAGACACCUCAGCCCUCUUUGGGAUCAUCUCUGCCAAGGCUGCACCAGCAUUUGGCAAAGUGACUUCCUCUGCUGGAUCCUCAACUUUCGUCUCCAGCUCUUCAGAAAGAGCCACCAUCAGGAACUACGUCGUUUCAGAGACUAUUACCACAGACAGCACAGUCAGCUGGGCCUUCCCUGCCGGAAGAGGACCUUUUCUCUCUGCCCAUCCGACUGUAGCCAGCAGCAGCCAAGAGACAAGCCUCACCUCAGCCAUGACCAUGACCUCACCAAAGAUUUCUUCGGAAACUUUUACUUCAGAAGGCACAAGCAGCAGGGACUUCUCCACCAGCAGGACACCUCUUCCUUCUGUCUUUUCCACUACAGCCAACAGCAGCCAAGAGACAAACAUCACCCCAGCCAUGACCAUGACCUCACCAAAGAACACUCCACAGGUUUUUACCACAGACAAAGGCUUCCCAACGAGCAGUCCUCUUUCUCCUGUCUUUUCCACUAUAACUGACGGCAGCCAAGAGACACACGUCUCCUCAGCCAUGACCAAGACCUCACCAAAGAUCCCUUCAAAGGCUUUUACUACAGACAGGACCAUUGCCACCAGCACUCCUCUUCCUCCUGUCUAUGUGACUACCACCAACAACAGCCAAGAGACAAAUGUCACCUCAGCUAUGACUACAACCUCAUCCAAGACUCAGAGGAUGCCCCUAACAGCUACAUCCACCACUGUUUGGACAAGGCAGUCUCCAGAAUUUACUGCAGGUGCAGACAGAGGCUUCCUCCUCGUGCGGCUGAGGGUGGCCUCCAUGGAAGAUCUCACAGAGCCUACAGAGACAGAGAGGCUGGUUGAGCAGCUCCAGUGUGAACUGCAAAGCCAUGUGCCGCAUGCCCACCUUUCCUUACUGCGCAUCCAGAGGAGCUGAAGAACAUCGGCUGCAGCCAGGCAUACCCCUGUGCCAGAGAAAAACAGCCCUGCCCAUGGCUUGAGCCUGCUGACAAUGGAGCUGCAUUACUGUGCUGACAGGGACCCAGAAGGUUCCCAUGAAGGUCAGCUGGUCCAACCCCUUCCCUGGAAGUGGUUGCAGGGUCCUGGCUCACUUAUGUUUGGAGAGAGGGCUUUCCCUAUGCCCAGAGGUAUACUUCACUUCCUGGGCUCAUGCACUGUGGUCAAUAAAGAUAGACCUGAUCACCCAUUCCUGCA